CCUUCAAGACCUUUUUCUGCAUUGCAUUUUCGGCGUAGACGGGCUCUAGAUUUCGUUUUCUUGUCUGUAUUCAGUCAUGCACAUUCUUGUUGUGAACGAUGAUGGACCACCAUCCAAUGCUUCGUCGCCAUAUGUCCAUUCUCUAGUUGACACGCUGAAGAAGGCUGGUCAUACUGUUUCAGUCAUUUUACCUCAUGUGCAAAGAUCAUGGAUCGGCAAAGCACAUAUGGUUGGUCAAACUUUGACGCCUACCUACUUUCGCCCCGGCACUCUUCAUGAGGAUGAUGGAGUCACUUCAGAGCGCCCCUUCAAGGAUGAUGGGGAGCAAUGGAUCCUCAUUGAUGGAACUCCAGCAAGUUGCACCCAGAUUGGUCUGCACCACUUCUUUCAAGACAAAGGGCCAAUCGAUUUAGUGCUCAGUGGUCCUAACUAUGGCCGAAACACCACCGCAGUAUUUGCUUUGUCCAGUGGAACCAUUGGCGGUGCCAUGGAAGGAGCCAUGAACGGCAAGAAGAGUAUUGCACUGUCAUAUGCAUUCGACUCAAGAGAGCACGACCCCGAAAUCAUUGCUACAGCAUCCAAAUUGAGCACCAAACUAGUAGAGAAGCUGUUCAGUGAGUGGCCCAACGACGUACAGCUCUACAGCAUAAAUGUACCUUUGCGGAAAGAUGUGGAGAACAAGAAGAUCGUCUUUACAGAGAUGUUGCAAAACCGCUGGGUGAGCGGCAGCUCAUUCGAGGAAUUACCUGCCGAAGCCGACGACCAUGAUCCCAACGUGGAAGAACAGAACAUCCGUGAACGUGGAGAAGGGGAUAGCGAUGCAAAAGCGACAGUCACGAGGACGGUUCACCGCAGAUUCAAGUGGUCUCCAAACUUUGCCGAUGUUCGCAAAUCUGUCUCGGACGCUGGGAGGGGCGAUGGGUGGGAGGUGCUGCAGGGAAACAUCACUGUAACACCUUUAGUGGCAAACUUCUGGCAUCUACCUCAUUAUACUGGCGAGAUCAAGCUGGAAGACAAAACUUUGAGCCUUGCAAAUCCACAGCCUACGCAGGACUCAUCCACAUUGCAUGCAUUGAUUGACUACCCGGAUGCCUAUGUGCAACCAUUGAUUUUGGAUGCGCUCAGGUCUCUCAAGGGCAUCCCAGUCAAAUUCAUUUCCUCAAUGGGCGAAUUACUGGAUCCUGCGGACCACGUCGUUCAAAUCACAGCUUACGAAUCUUUGGACUUUGAGCACGCAUUGCAAUAUCCAAAAACAUCUCAAGUCGGUGCCUAUGUUAUACGGAAAGCCCUCAUUCGCAAGCACUAUCUGUCAAACACUGUGUCGACAUGGCUAGUGAAACAUCCAGACAGUAUUCUAACCCAGCAUUUCCGACCGUGUGUGCACUUUGAGCUUGACUAUGCCGAAUUCCUCGACGAAUCACUGGUGGAUGCGUGGGACUUGAACGAGAGUAUGGCGGAAAACGAGCAAAAAGAAUCCUCCGAGCAGAAACAAUGGUGGAUUCUCAAGCCCGGAAUGAGCGACGGUGGCAACGGCAUAAGAUUGUUCUCCAGUCUAGAAGAACUUCAAGCCAUAUUCGAAGAGUGGGAAGGAGCCGAGUCUGACAAUGAUACUGAAGAUGAUCCUGAAAACCAGGUGCCUGGGCUUGCUGCACAAGACAAAGAGGACACCUCUGACGAGGUUAACGCAAUGACUUCACAGCUCAGACAUUUCAUCGCCCAGCCUUACAUCGAUCCGCCCCUCUUGCUUGAAGCAUACGGAAAUCGGAAGUUCCAUAUCAGGGCAUAUGUACUGGCCGCCGGGGCAUUGGAGGUCUACGUCUACAGGGAAAUGCUUGCACUCUUUGCGGCAAAAACAUAUCAAUCACCACGUCAUAACGAGGAGUCGGGCGCGCUUGACCUGGCACAACACUUGACAAAUACCUGCUUUCAAGAUGAAGCAACCAAGGGCUCUUCCGUCUAUCCCUUCUGGAGUCUUGAAUCACCCGGCAUUCGAGCCGACUGGAAAGACGAUAUAUUCCAGCAAAUUUGUGCUGUCACAGGCGAGGUGUUUGAGGCUGCCGCUCGCGAGCAAAUGGUCCACUUCCAGGCAAUCCCCAAUGGAUUUGAAAUCUUCGGUGUCGACUUUUUGGUCGAUGCAAACGCAAAGGUCUGGCUCCUGGAGCUGAAUGCGUUCCCUGACUUCAAACAGACUGGACUGGAGCUGCAGGAUGCUGUUGUGGGUGGAUUGUUUCGCGAAGUCACCGCAGCGGCCGUUUCACCCUUCUUUGGCCAUGCCGAGUCCCAAAGUACUCAAAUGCCACUGGUCCGAUCACUCAACUUGGGCCGUGGUUGAAGUUUUCAGCCUCUACGCCAUCCUCCGAAGGCAUCAUGCUCAUGAUGUGUUUAUAUCUCGCUCUUGCAACUGAAAGGUUCUGACGUUACUGCCUGAGGCACUCUCCGAUGGUAUUGGUUCCUGCCUAUUGUUGCAAUCGUAUAAGUCAUUGAUGGAAGGGGCGCACGACACGAAUAUUAACAGGCAACAGUCUCGCCACUUGUUCAGGGC